GCCGUUUGCUCCAGGCGCAGGCGCCGGCUCCGCCUAGUCCGCUGGGUCCUACCGCCCGCCGCUCCCCGCGGGGCCGACCUGGGGCAGCUCCGCGGGCGGGGGGAACGGGGCCGCUAUAAAGCGGUGUGGCGGCUGGGUGGCCUCCGCUCUUCCCGGCCAUGCCGCGGCUCCUUCUCUUUCUCCUGCUGCUCGGCGCGUCCGGCGCGCUGCCCGCCCUGCCCCACCGCCGGGGAGCCCGGACGCCAACCGCCCCGUACCUCAUACGGUACUUCCAGCAGCAGGUGGAUCACUUUGGAUUUGAUGAUAAUCUUACAUUCCAGCAGCGGUAUCUCAUAGCAGAUCAGCACUGGAAGAAAAACAAUGGACCGAUACUGUUUUAUACAGGCAAUGAAGGGGAUAUCACGUGGUUCUCCAACAAUACAGGUUUUAUGUGGGAUGUGGCUCAGGAACUUAACGCCAUGUUAGUAUUUGCUGAACAUAGAUAUUAUGGAGAAUCUUUGCCCUUUGGGAAUGAGUCUUACAGUGACUCCAAGCGUCUGAAUUACCUGACGUCAGAACAAGCUCUGGCAGACUUUGCGGUACUGAUUGAGCACUUGAAGUCGACCAUUGCAGGAGCCCGUUACAGUCCUGUCAUCGCUAUAGGAGGAUCUUACGGAGGAAUGCUUGCAGCCUGGUUUAGGAUGAAGUACCCCCAUCUGGUAGUUGGAGCUCUGGCAGCCUCUGCCCCAAUCUGGCAGUUUGGUGAUUUGGUUCCAUGUGGCGCUUUCUUCAGCAUAGUGACAAAGGAUUUCAAAAGGAGCGGGACAGGCUGCGCAGAGAGCAUCCGUAAUUCCUGGAGCGCCAUUGACCGCCUUUCCUCAACAGAUGAAGGUUUACUGUGGCUUUCCAAGACAUUUCAUUUGUGCAGCCCAUUGAAAAAUCUUGAGGAUGUCGCUGUAUUGAAGAGAGGGCUGAGUGAUACCUGGAUAAACUUGGCUAUGAUGAACUAUCCCUAUAAAUCUGACUUCUUAGAGCCUCUGCCAGCUUGGCCUAUAGAGGAAGUCUGCAAGUUCUUGAAGGAUCCCAGUCUCUCCGACAAAUUGCUGCUGCAGAAUGUUUUCCGGGCAAUAAAUAUAUACUACAAUUAUUCAGGACAAAUCCUAUGUUUUGACAUGGCUGAGACUGCAACAAAGAGUCUGGGCCACUUGGGUUGGAACUAUCAGACUUGCACUGAGAUGGUGAUGCCAUUGUGCACAGAUGGUGUCAAUGACAUGUUUGAGCCUCAGAAGUGGGACCUGAAGGCACGUUCAGAAGAGUGUUACAAGCUGUGGGGAGUGAGGCCUCGCCCUUCUUGGAUUAUUUCUAUGUAUGGAGGGAAAAACAUCCAUUCACACAGCAACAUCAUCUUCAGCAACGGUGGCAUGGACCCAUGGUCUGCAGGUGGGGUGACCCGGAACAUCAGCCAUUCCCUCGUGGCCAUCAUGAUCCCCGAGGGAGCCCAUCACCUGGACCUACGUGGCCGCAACCCUUCGGACCCCAAAUCUGUGCAGCAAGCUCGAGACUUGGAGCUCUGCUACAUGAAGCAGUGGAUUAAAAUGGCCAGGCACCACUGAAGUGGUGCUGCAACAGCUGCAGCCAUUGUGCCCCCGUUGGCUUUGCUGGCGGCAGGGCCAGGCCUUAUGGCACGGUUGUCUGAGCAUUUCACUCCUGUUUCCUCCCCCGUGCUGCAGUGCUAACCAGCGCUUGUGCCCAUGAGAGACGCAGAGUGAUGGAGAGCGUUCUCUGAUAAUAAACUUUAGUUGAAGUGCAUGGCUUGAGCUGCCUCCUCUGGUUUGCUUUCCUCUUAAAUGCUGUCCUUUCUCCUGAAGAGCUCCUGUUCUGGGCUUCAUUUCUUCCUUGCUGCACUUGCUGGUUGUCCUGGCUGUUAGUAUGUGUUAUAUAUACAGUGGAUUAAAUGGCAGUGCUGUUGAUGAUGAAACUCCUGCUGCCUUCAGUGGGACUGAAUUUCAGACACCCUCAGCUGGUGCAGGCUGCCACGGCCGGGACGUGGAGAUAAUGGGAGACAGAAAUCACAUCUCACCGUGAUGUUUGGUGGGGAAACUGGCUGUGCCAUUUGUAAAGAAACUAAACAGCCCUUACCCUUUGGAAUGAACGCUGGAAAAUAAGUAAAUAUCUUCUUUUUAAUUUUUUUUUUUUCUGUAGUUUUCUGGCAGGUUGUUAAUCAAAGCUCCCUCAGGUGGCUUUUCUAUUCUGUGCUGCACUGAAUGGUCGGGGCUGGGCCCGGACUCACUCUGCUGUUAACUGGCUGAGUGUGCACAAUCUGCAUCAGGGUUUUGUUUCUUCCUUUGCUGGUUGUCCUAAUUCUGAAAUGUUUGCCACUGUGAUGGUUGCCAAAGAAAACUCUGGGCGUGUUUUGUGUGUGUGUAUACAUGUGUGUCCCCCACAAACACUUAACUUUUCCAAACCAGGAAGCUUUCGAAGCUAUUCUCUUGAAGAGCGAAUGUGACACUUGUGCUGGCUAGAUCUUAUGAAGUGACAAAUAAUUGGGGCUGUGCCUUGUGUGGGUUCCUCCCUCUCCCCCAUUCUGUGUAUUGUUCCAAUUCUGCAUGAUCUGUUUGCUGAUGGCUCUUCAAUAAAAGCCCUUUUUUUAAAAAAA